AUGACGGUCGACUUGACCCUCCCCAGCGGUGAAUUCUACAAUCGCGAAGACACCACCUUUGCCUCGGGCUCCGAACGCUGUGCUGCCUGGGUGUAUCGACCAACAGGUCCUCCCCUCAAACCCGCCGACGGAUCGGCGUCAAAUGGCAAAUAUCCUGCCAUCGUUGUUGGUCACGGCAUCGGCGGCAUCCGCGAAUACGGGUUGGAUCGCUACUGCGCCCGCUUCUCAGAGCUCGGCAUCAUCUGCGUCGCCUUCGAUUACCGUCACUUUGGUGCCAGCACAGGCGAGCCUCGUCAGCUCCUCGAUAUCGGCUUGCAGCAGCAGGAUUGGAAGAAUGCCAUCGCUUUCGUAAAAGGUCUCGAGGAUGUCGACGAGUCGAGAGUCGGCAUCUUUGGCAGCAGCUUCGGAGGCGGCCACGUAACGUACAUCGGCAGCGUCGACCCCAGCAUCAAGGCCAUCAUUGCACAAUGCCCCUUCACAUCCGGUUUCCACUCGAGUCUCACGGUCGGUUUCCUUCCGCUCUUCAAGCUCGCCUUCUUAGGCAUCCGCGAUCUCUUCUCGAGAGGCAAGAACAUCGUCCCUGUGUUGCUGGCAGGCGAGCCUGGUCAAGCCGCUCUGAUGAACUCGCCCGAAGCCAUGGACUACAAGCUGAUCGUUCCAGAGCAUUUGCAGGACGGCCCCAACUACGUCGCCGCGCGCUUCGCUCUCAAAAUCUCGUUCUACAACCCCGGCUGGAGAACCUCGUCCAUCAAAAGUCCAAUCUUGUUUGGCGUCUGCGGCAAGGACUCGGUUGCUCCGCCCGGGCCAACGCUCAAGUAUGCUGCAAAGGCAAAGGAUGCCACGAUUAAACUCUAUAAGGACAUGGGCCACUUUGACAUUUACGUCGGCCCCCAAUUUGAUGAGGCGACAAAGGACUACUGUACUUUCCUCCGCAGCAAACUGUAA